AUGGAACAGGACAGAACCCACCAUGUUGAGGGCAACAGACUAAGUCCAUUCCUGAUACCAUCUCCGUCUCCCAUUUGCCAGACAGAACCUCUGGCAAGAAAGCUCCAGAAUGGAAGCCCAUUAACCGAGAGACCUUAUCUGGAAGUGAAUGGAGACAGCAAGUGGCAGUCUUUCAAAAGUUAUUAUGGAAUACCCCACAUGAAAGGAAGCCAGAAGAGUCGCGUGAGUCCGGAUUUCAUACAGGAAGGUAGAGGGUAUUCCAGAUGUCUGCAGAAUGGCGGGAUAAAACGCACAGUUAGUGAACCUUCUCUUUCUGGGCUCCAUCAGAACAAGAAACUGAAACCAGACCAAAAGGCUAAUGGAGAAAGAAAGAGCUUCGGGGAAAGCCAAGAAGGAAAUCCAGACAAACGCAGCAGUCAACCAAAUGUCUCCCAUGUGAGUGGUAGGAGGGAAUCUGUGAGCUCUGCGGCCCAAGAAGAUGAAGUGAAAGAUUUCACCAGUUUUCCAACACACAAUGGCGGUGGGUCUGAAAACCCAGAGCUUCAGAUUCUGAAUGAACAGGAGGGGAAAAGUGCUAACUACCACGACAAGAACAUUGUAUUACUUCUCAAGAACAAGGCCGUGCUCAUGCCUAAUGGUGCUACAGUUUCUGCCUCUUCCAUGGAAAACACACACGGUGAACUCCUGGAAAAAACACUGUCUCAAUAUUAUCCAGAUUGUGUUUCCAUCGCGGUGCAGAAAACCACAUCUCACAUACAUGCCAUUAACAGUCAGGCUACUAAUGAGUUGUCCUGUGAGGUCACUCACCCAGCGCAUACCUCAGGGCAGAUCAGUUUCCCACAGACCUCGAACUCUGAGCUGCCUCCAGAGCCAGCCGCAGCGGCGACUGAGAGCUGUGAGGCAGAUGGUGCCAGUAAACCAGCUGCAACGCUCGGGGCCUGCCCCUUUCAGAAACCAGAACAGCAGAAGCCCGCUUUUGAGAUAUGCCCAUCUCCAGCAGAAAGCAGUAACAUCCAAGGAACUGCAAAGCUAGGCUCUGGUGAAGAAUUCUGCUUGGGUCCCAGUGGCAAUUUGCAGUCUCCCGGCGGCAGCUCUGAACGGUAUUUAAAGCAAAACGAAAUGAAUGGUGCUUGCUUCAAGCAAAGCUCAGUGUUCACUAAGGAUUCCUUUUCUGCCACUACCACGCCACCACCAUCACAAUUGCUUCUUUCUCCCCCUCCUCCUCUUCCACAGGUUCCUCAGCUUCCUUCUCUAGGAAACAGCACUCUGAAUGAUGGGGUUUUGAAAGAACUCCAUCACUACCCCAACCAAAGUGACCCAACUCUUUUAAGGGAAGUUAAAAUAGAGGGUCAACGUGAGGCACCACCACCCCAGAGUCCCACUCCCUCCGCCCAUGUAUCCAACCCCUCUCUGAUGCUUCCAGUAAGGCCUCAGAAUAAUUGUGUUAACAAGAAUGACAGUCGGACUCCGGGGACAAUGACUAUUCCAUUGGGUUCAGAGAAAACCAGACAACUUUCAGAACAUCUCAAGCCUAACCCACCGACUCUUCGUAGCGGUGGAGAUCCACAGGAUCACUGCCAGCAUUUGAUGGGGCACAAACAGCAAGAGAUUCUCAAGAGUCAAGACAAGGAACAAACACGUGACCGCAUGCUCCCAACACAGCGCUAUCUGAAACCAGGAUGGAUUGAAUUGAAGGCCCCUCACUAUCAUCCAGCAGAAUCCCAUCUAAAAUGUAAUGAGACAACCCUGCGGUCAAUUCUUCAGUAUCAGCCCAACCCCUCCCAUCAAAUGACCUCCAAACAAUACACUGGAAAUUCCAACAUGCCUGGGGGGCUCCCAGGGCAGGCUUAUAUCCAGAAAAUAAUGCAGCCGGAGCAGGGGCCACCAAGGUACCAAGUUGAGAUGAAUCAAGUGCAGUCUCAAGGUACAGUGGACCAGCAUCUCCAGCUCCAAAAUCCCUCACUCCAGGCACACUUCUCCAAAGUGGAGCCUUCACCGGACACUCACAGGCAGUCACUGUGUGCCCCGAGAUGUCAUUUCCAACAGAGACCAGAUCCCCAAACUGAGAAGCUCAUGCCCCCAACAAUAAGACAGCACUUGAAUCAACAGACUUCAGAGACUGAACCCUUCUCAAAUUCACACCUUUUACAGCAUAAGGCUCAUAAGCAGGCAGCACAAACACAACUACCCCAGAAUUCACAUCUCUCUCAAAACCACCAACAGCAGCAAAAAUUACAGCUGAAGAAUAAAGAACAAAUGCCCCAGACCUUUUCUUAUCUCCAGGGCAACAGUGAUGAGCCAAGAGAAGGAACAUUCUUUAGCCAGGUUAAAGUAGAAGAAUGCUUUCCUGGUGAAGAUCAAUAUUCAAAAUCAAGUGAGUUCCAGACUCAUAAUCCCAAAAUGGGACUGGAGCAAGUACAGAAUAUAAACAGUAUAAAUUCCCCCUAUGGUCAGAUCUUGAAGUCAAAUGCAAGCAAAGUACAGAUUUCUGGUUCAAACCAUAUACAACUGGUUCCAGACAAUAAAGAACAGACUGUAAAUUCUGAACUGUUGGCAGGAAACAAGACCCCAAAUGUGCAUCACAUGCAAUAUUUUCCAAAUAAUGUGACCCCUAAGCAAGAUAUUCUUCACAGGUGCUUUCAACAACAGGAACAAAAGCCUCAACAGGCUUCAGUUCUGCAGGGAUAUAAAAGUAGGAACCAAGAUGUGUCUGGUCAACAAGCUGCACAACUCGCUCAGCAAAGGUACUUGAUGCAAAACCAAGCAAAUGCGUUCCCUGUACCCGAUCAGACAGGAACUCACGUUCAGACCCCACCUCAGAAGGACAUUCAAAAGCACGCUGCUCUGAGGUGGCACCUCUUACAGAAGCAAGAACAGCAGCAAACAAAACUCCAAGCCGAGUCUUGCCGCAGUCAGAUGCAAAGGCCGAUUAAGGUCGAGCCUGGAUCCAAACCCCAUGCCUGUAUGCGCCCCCUGUCAGCACAGCCAGAAAAUAAAAUGUGGAAAAAGAUACCCAAGCAAGAGAUUCCACCUCCCAGCUGUGACAGUGCGCAGCCGCGAAGCAUCCUUGAGACCAUGGAGCAGCAUCUGAAUCAAUUUCAGGUCAAAUCAUUAUUUGACCAUAAGGCUCUUAAUCUCAAAUCACAGAAGCAAGUAAAAGUUGAAAUGUCAGGGCCAGUCACGGUUUUAACUAGACAAACCACUGCUGCAGAACUUGAGAGCCACACCCCAGCUUUAGAGCAGCAAGCAACGCCUUCCUCAGAAAAGACACCAACCAAAAGAACAGCUGGUUCUGUUCUCAAUAAUUUUUUAGAGUCACCUUCCAAAUUACUAGAUACGCCUAUAAAAAAUUUAUUUGAUACACCUGUCAAGACUCAGUAUGAUUUCCCAUCAUGCAGAUGUGUAGAGCAAAUUAUUGAAAAAGAUGAAGGUCCUUUUUAUACCCAUCUAGGAGCAGGUCCUAAUGUGGCAGCUAUUAGAGAAAUCAUGGAAGAAAGGUUUGGACAGAAGGGUAAAGCUAUUAGGAUUGAAAGAGUCAUCUAUACUGGUAAAGAAGGCAAAAGUUCUCAGGGAUGUCCUAUUGCCAAAUGGGUGGUUCGCAGAAGCUGCAGCGAGGAGAAGCUACUGUGCUUGGUGCGGGAGCGAGCUGGCCACACCUGUGAGGCUGCAGUGAUCGUGAUUCUCAUCCUGGUGUGGGAAGGCAUCCCAGUCUCUCUGGCCGACAAGCUGUACUCGGAGCUCACCGAGACGUUAAGGAAGUAUGGCAUGCUCACCAACCGGCGCUGCGCCCUGAACGAAGAGAGAACCUGUGCCUGUCAGGGGCUGGACCCAGACACCUGUGGUGCCUCCUUUUCUUUUGGUUGUUCAUGGAGCAUGUACUACAAUGGAUGUAAGUUUGCCAGAAGCAAGAUCCCAAGAAAAUUUAAGCUGCUUGGGGAUGACCCAAAAGAGGAAGAGAAACUGGAGUCGCAUUUACAAAACCUGUCCACUCUUAUGGCACCAACGUACAAGAAACUUGCACCUGAUGCAUACAAUAAUCAGAUUGAAUAUGAACACAGAGCACCAGAGUGCCGUCUGGGUCUGAAGGAAGGCCGUCCAUUCUCAGGGGUCACCGCAUGUUUGGACUUCUGUGCUCAUGCCCACAGAGACUUGCAGAACAUGCAGAACGGCAGCACACUGGUAUGCACCCUCACUAGAGAAGACAAUCGAGAAAUUGGAGGAAAACCUGAGGAUGAGCAGCUCCACGUUCUGCCUCUCUACAGAGUCUCUGAUGUUGAUGAAUUUGGCAGUGUAGAAGCUCAGGAGGAGAAAAAACGAAACGGCGCCAUUCAGGUACUGAGUUCUUUUCGGCGGAAGGUCAGGAUGUUAGCAGAGCCAGUCAAGACGGGCCGACAGAGGAAACUAGAAGCCAAGAAAGCUGCAGCUGAAAAGCUUUCCUCUUUGGAGAACAGCACAAAUAAGAGUGAAAAAGAAAAGUCAGCCUCAUCUCGUCCGAAACAGACUGAAAAUGCAAGCCAGGCUAAACAGCUGCCAGAACUUCUGCGACUUUCAGGACCAGUCAUGCAGCCGUCCCAGCAGCCCCAGUCCCAACCCCAACUGCAGAAACAACUUCCACAGCCACAGAAGCAGCCGCCACAGCUGCAGCAACCUCAGCAGCAGCCCCUGCAACAGCAGCCACGUCACCCCUUAACUAAUAACUCUCAGUCAGAGUCGGUCAGCUCUUACUCUUCAUCUGGAUCCACCAAUCUGUACAUGAGACGGCCCAAUGCAAUGAGCCCUUAUCCAGGCUCUUCGCACACUUCAGAUAUUUAUGGAGGGGCCAACCCUGUGAACCUCUAUUCCACCUCAUCCCAAGCUGCAGGUUCCUAUUUGAAUUCUUCUAAUCCCAUGAGCCCCUACCCUGGGCUUUUGAAUCAGAGUAACCAGUAUCCAUCAUAUCAAUGCAAUGGAAAUGUAUCAAUGGACAACUGCUCCCAAUAUCUGGGCUCCUAUUCUCCCCAGCCUCAGCCCAUGGAUCUCUAUAGGUAUCCAAACCAAGACCCUCUGUCUAAGCUAAAUCUGCCACCCAUCCACACACUUUACCAGCCAAGGUUCGGAAACAGCCAGAGUUUUACUUCUAAAUACUUAGGUUACGGAAACCAAAAUAUGCAAGGAGAUGCCUUCAGCAGUUGUACUAUCAGACCAAACGUACACCAUGUAGGGACAUUCCCUCCUUAUUCCACGCAUGAGAUGGAUGGCCACUUCAUGGGAGCCACCUCUAGAUUACCACCCAAUUUGAGCAGUUCAAACAUAGACUAUAAAAAUGGUGAGCAUCACCCAGCUUCUCAUUUAAUCCAUAACUACAGUGCAGCUCCGAGCAUGUUCAACAGUUCCCUUCAUGCUCUGCAUCUCCAAAACAAGGAGAACCACAUGCUCUCCCACACAGCCAAUGGCUUAUCUAAGGUGCUUCCGGGUCUUCACCCUGAGAGGACUACUUCUGUGCAGGAAGGCUUGCACAAAGUACACGAGGCUGGCAGUCAGGAAAAGCAGCCUUCGGCCGCCGAGGACAAUGAUGAGGUCUGGUCUGACAGCGAGCAGAGCUUCCUGGAUCCUGACAUCGGAGGAGUGGCUGUGGCUCCAACUCAUGGGUCAAUUCUCAUCGAGUGUGCAAAGCGCGAGCUGCACGCCACAACCCCUUUAAAGAAUCCCAACAGGAAUCACCCCACCAGGAUCUCGCUUGUCUUUUACCAGCACAAGAGCAUGAAUGAGCCAAAACACGGCUUGGCGCUCUGGGAAGCCAAAAUGGCCGAGAAAGCCCGUGAGAAAGAGGAAGAAGGUGAAAAGCAUGGCCCGGACUAUGUGCCUCAGAAAACCCACGGCAAAAAGGUGAAACGGGAGCCCACUGAGCCGCAUGAACCUUCUGAACCCACUUACCUGCGCUUCAUCAAGUCCCUUGCUGAAAGGACCAUGACCGUGACCACAGACUCCCCAGUAACUACAUCCCCAUAUGCCUUCACUAGGGUCACGGGGCCUUACAACAGAUACAUGUGACGGCGCCCCUUGAGUUGGUUACCUCAUUUGAAAAGACCACAACCAACUUGUCCGUUAGUGUAGUUCUCAUGACGUGGGCAGUGGUGAAAGGACACAGUAAUCCUGACAAAUGUGGUGGGAGGAACCUCGGCUCACCAGCAAAACAAGAGGUCAUCUUACCAUAGCACUUAAUUUCCACUGACUCCUGAGUGGUCACAGAUGGAAUCUAGGCAAAAGACCAAAGCAUUCUAUGCAAAAAGAAGAUGGAGAAGGAAGUGUUCCACGAUUUACAUUUUUAAACACUGGUUCUAUUACUGGAGGAGACGAUAUGUAAAUGUGAUUCCCUACCCCUUACAACUCUGCACAUCUGUGACCACUUUUAAUAAUACCAAGUUUGCAUAGUCAUGGAACACAAAUCAAGUACUGUA